UGUUCCGGUGCCGUCGCCGUCCCCGUUCCGGUCGGCGGCGGUUCCGGGGGGGCGAUGCCGCCCUUCGCCUCGGGGCUGCUGGUGCUGACGGCGCCGCUGCCCGCGCUGCCCCGGCGGGCGGCGGGGCUGGUGGCGGCGGCGGCGGGGCUGGUGGCGGGGCCGCUGUACGUGCAUCUGCAGCCGGGGCUGCGGCUGGGCUGCCCCGCCGCCGGUCCCGCCGCGCCGCGCCGCCUGGCACAGCCGCCCCGCGUCCUGCUGGCGGCCGCUGCCGAGGCGCCGGGGCCGCCGGAGCCGGUGCAGCUCGGGCUGCAGCGCCUGGCCGCCGCUGUGUACGGCUGCCCGCCGAGCCUGCCCGCGAUGCUGCUGGGCGAGGACACCGCGGGGGACCCCGACGGGGACCCCGAGCAGGAUCCCGACGCGACGCUCCCCGAAUUCUUGGACGUGGCGGUUGGCGGCACUUUCGACCGGCUCCACGGCGCCCACCGGCUCCUGCUCAGCGCCUGCUGCCUCCUGGCCCGGCGGCGGCUCCUGGCCGGGGUGGCCGACGGAGACCUGCUCCGCCACAAGGUCCUGCCAGAGCUGAUUGAGCCAUACGAGCUGCGGGCGGCGAAGCUGCGCGAGUUCUUGGAGGACGUGAAACCUUCACUGUGCUAUGACAUCGUGCCUCUGGCUGACCCCUUCGGCCCCUCAAUCACAGACCCUGACCUGCAGUGCCUGGUGGUCAGUGAGGAGACCCGCCGGGGAGGGGAGGCUGUCAACMAGAAGAGACUUGAAAAUGGGCUCCCUGAGCUGGCUCUUCAUGAAAUCCAAUUGAUGAAGGACCCUGACCACAGUCAGAAUGAGGAGGAGAAGAUCAGCUCCUCCAGCCUCCGGCAGAGGCUGCUGGGGACACUGCUGCAGCCCCCACGGCAAGAUCUGGCUUUGCCGUUGCGCCCAUAUGUGAUUGGCCUGACUGGGGGCACUGGGAGUGGGAAAACCUCCAUCGCCAGAAUCCUGGGGGACCUGGGCGCCUUUGUCAUCGAUGCUGACAAACUGGGCCACGCCGUCUAUGUCCCCGGUGGCCCGGCCUACGAGCCAGUGGUGGCAGCCUUYGGGGCAGAGAUCCUGAACACAGAUGGGACAAUAAACAGGAAAGUCCUUGGGGCCAAAGUGUUUGGAAACCAGGAGCGGCUGAAGAGCCUGACGGACAUUGUGUGGCCCAAAAUAGCUCAGAUGGCAAAGGACAGAGUCAGGGAGGCUGAUGCGCAAGGGAAAGCUGUGUGUGUGCUGGAUGCUGCUGUGCUGCUGGAGGCUGGCUGGCAGGACAUGGUCCACGAGGUGUGGACAGCCAUCAUCCCAGAGGACGAGGCCGUGAGACGCAUCGUGGCCAGGGACGGGCUGAGCGAGGAGGCUGCUCGCCGCCGGCUGCAGAGCCAGAUGACCAACAGGCAGCGGGUUGAGCAGUCGCARGUGGUGCUCUGCACCCUCUGGGAGCCGGACAUCACCCGCCAGCAGGUGCAGAAGGCCUGGGACCUGCUGCAGCAGCGCCUGAGUCCGGAGCCCAGCCCGUGAGGGGACAGUCCCACAUGGUCCCCUGAGAGGUCCGUGAACUGCCACCACUGCCCGCGAUGAACCGGCGGACGGAGCAGCGCAGGAUCGAGACCACCGGUCCCGUCCAGCCCUGGUGCGGGUCCGAGACCACCGGUCCUGUCCAGCCCUGGUGCGGGUCCGAGACUGCCGGUCCCGUCCAGCCCUAGCGCAAGUCCGGGGCGUCCCCCGGUGAGGGGGGACCCCUCAGGGCUGAGCCUUGCUGGGUGACAGUAAAAAGGCUGCUCCUGCAGUGCGUGUCCGUGCGCCGGUGCCAUACCCUCACCUGCCCCCGCAGGAGCUCUGCUGCCCCCGGGCUC